AUGGAUAAUCAAACUCAGGCGCUGCUGACCCUGCUGUCUCUGCUCACGGCCGUCGUGCAGUUGAACUCCGCAUUUCAUCACGCGACCACCGCGUACAUGCGCAGGAGACGAGCCAUCAUUCGAGCCAUCUGCGACAGCUCCCGUGUCCCGCGGCGCCUUCAGCCCGCCGCCGAGCGCCGUUUCUGGGUGAGACCGGGGAGAACGAGCGCCUGGUGGGAUAACUUCACGAACGGGGUCGUGGCUCCGGAGGAAUGGCGAGAAAACUUCGGGAUGUCCAGAUCGGCCCUGAUGCACCUGAGCGAGCGGCUGCGGCCGCAUGUGGAGGGAGCCGCGACCAAAAUGCGGGCGCCCGUGGAUGUUCUCACCAAGGUGGCGUGCACGCUGUUUUACCUGUGUGACGAGGGGAGACUCCGGAAAACCGCUAAUGCGUUCGGGCUGUCCCGGCAGGUCGUGUCGGUCAUCAUCCGACGAGUCUGCAAGGCCGUCACCGUCUUCCUGGGCCCGGACUACGUGAAGAAACCCAGCACGGAGCCUGAGGUGGAAGAUCUCGUCCUCAACUUCCAGCGAACACACGGUGUCCCACAAUGCUUGGGGGCAGUCGCCUGCACACACAUCGAGGUGAAACAACCCACAGCUAACUCCACAGACUACAUCAACACAAAGGGGGCUUACUCUUUGAAUGUCCAAGCCUUGUGCGACUACAAGUACUGCUUCGUGGAUGUGGUUGUGAAAUGGCCUGGUGGUGUGCACGAAGCGCGUAUAUUCACCAACUCCAAACUGUGCAGUGACCUGAAGGAUGGAACGAUCCCGUCCUCUCCUAAAGUGUUGGUGGAGGGUGAAGAGGCUGUGCCUGUGUUUCUUGUGGGUGAUCCAGCUUAUCCACUGAUGCCCUUCCUCAUGAAGGAAUACCCUGAAGGCGGAGUGACCCCACAGGAGCAGUCUUACGGGCUCACACUGUGCAAGGCAAACAUGGUGAUCCAGUGUUCGUUUGCACGCUUGAAAGCACGGUUUGCCGCCUUGAGGAGGGCCAUGGACAUAAACAUGAACGAUCUGCCUUUUGUCAUCUACGCUUGUUUCGUUCUGCACAACUACUGUGAACUGCAGGGACAGCCUGUGGAUGAGGAAAGCAUGAGUGCUGCUCUCCAGUACGACAGGGACUCUCAGCCACCCAGCACGUGUAGUAAUGUGAGAGCGGACGACUACGAAGCUGAGGGGAAACGAGUGAGACGUGUGCUGACAACAUUUCUUCACCCAUAA